AUUUACUUUCUGUUGUCAUAAUAAUUUGCCUGCUGUUUCGGAGGAAUGAAAAUCAAUGAAACUAUUUUUCUUUAAUGGCGUUACAGAUAAGUAAUACAGCAGAUGGCAUGGUUGAUAGAAAAUCAAAUGGAGAUAACACAGCACUCGAAAUAGAAUAAUGUAAAGGUGAAGAUGAAAUUACAGAUAUUCGAGCUUUGAAGGAAAAUCCAUUGUUUUCACCUUUCUUCAAUCAUCUGGAAAUGGCACAUACAGAAAUAGUUAAACAAGCUAGAGAUUCCUUACGGAUAUUUAAUGACGAAAGAAAGUGUCCAGUAAGUAUGUUUCUACAAUACCCAAACUCGCCAACAGCGGUAAAUUUUGGUAGAGCUUUCUUUCAUUUUACUUCAGCUUCACAAAUAUUUGGAGGUUACAAAAAGGAUAAGAUAGAAGAUAUGGGAGACUGUGAUGCUCUUUCUCCAGCUUUUGAAAAUAUCUUUAAAGGUUACCUGCUUGAAAACAGUAUGUUUGACCCAUUCAGACCACCAGAAAAGACAUCUGUUCUCGUUGACCAGUAUCUAAAAUUCAGACCUCAGGAUAUUUGUGCGGAGUACGUCAAAAUUCUCAUUCUCAUGAGAGGGUCAUGCAAUCCGAAUAAAGGAGGAAAUACACUUUUGUCUGAUUUUGAAUCAGGGAAACUACGCAUAAAAACGUCAGAAAAAUUUGCGUCAAAACUCAGUUCAAACUUAGAUGCUCAUCCAUUCAAACGACAAGUUCUAACCAACGUAUAUUAUUUUCUUGGUGCAAUCUACGUUUCUACAAAUCAGCCUGAGCGAGCGCUUGAUUCCUUCAAGAAAUGUUACGAUUUAGACAACACACAUUUUAGUUAUAUCUAUGGAAUCGCAUACCAUUAUAUAACAAGUAAUCCAACAAAGGCUAUCAAAUUGUUUUUGAAAUAUAUUAGUAUGGCCCCGGAGUGUGAUAAGCAGUAUCCAAACGCUUAUUAUAUGAUUGCAUCUGCAUUUUGCAUGCAAGGAAAUUUAGAAGAAGGAUUUCGGUACUGUUCUUUGGCAGAAGAUGCGGAGAAAAUACGUUUACCAUUCCUUUCUCCUGUUUCCGUUUCACAGAAACACAUGAUGCACACUUUAAAACAAAUGCUUGCACAGAGGGAAUUAUUGGAAAACCAAAAAUCGAUCGAAUGAUAAUUGUCUGUAAAUACAUGAACUUGUAUGUACAUUAUAUUAUCAUAAGUUAAAAAAAACCCAAACAUGUUAUGUAGGAGAGUAUAAAAAGUAAAUUAGAAACUUACGAGAUGAAAUCUGUUGACUAUUACUUAUACAUGUAUAUAUAUAUCCCUUAACUAGCUUUCAGCGCGGUUAAUGUUUUCUUUAGAUGUGACAAUAUGAUGGGCUUAAAAAAUAUAUAUAUAUAUAUAUUUAUAUUUAUAUUUAUGAUUAUAUAUUCUCAAAAUGUUUAUUAAAUUGAAUAAAAUAAAUACAGGGGAAUAUCUAUUGAGAAAAUCAUGACCUUGGGAAAGGUUGUUUUAAUUGACCACUACGUUGCAUAUAACUUUAAAAACAUGUUUACAUGCAGACCAGAUGGUGACAUGUUGUAAUAACAAUUAGUUAAAAGACUGGACAUACGUGUAUUCUACAACUAUCAAUUUCCAGCUUGGUCAAAACAUGUCAAUUAGAGUCAACUUAAUAGAUAUUCAUCCAUGUACCUUUAGAAUUAAAACUAUUAUUGUCAAAUUAAUAGAAACUUUGACAAACUGUUAUAUUCUAUUAAUUUUGUAUAUAUACUUAUGUAUUUACUGUAUGGGACACAUCGGCUCAUUUGGCGUAAAUAAACUGUUAACUAACUAUCUUGUUGUGUUACACAGUCUUUGUGGUGUACCGUGCCAGGACGAAUUCUAAAGAAAGGUACAGUGAAAUUUUAUUUGAUAAUCUUAAUUAUUAUAUUCUCAAAAAUGGCUGAACAAGAAUUUAAUGUAGGGUUAGUUUUUCAAAAUUUAGCAACACAAGUUCAAAGUCUUACUCAAAAAUUAACUGCAAACGGUGUCAAUUCGAUAGUUGAAGGCUUUGAUGGUUCAAAUUCAGAAAAAUAUUCUCAAUGGAUUCGAUCCAUAGAAAAAUAUGCAAUGAUUACCAAUUUAAAUCCGAACGAUUGUAAAAUGGUAUGUUAUCAAACUUCUGUAGGGCCAGUAAGUGAUUUCAUUGCUAGGUGGUUAAGAGAAACAGAUGCCGGAAAUAACAGUUGGGAUAAUCUAAAAACUCAAUUGAAUUUUCGUUAUGGGCAUAUUCCUGAUGCAUCAUAUGCAUUUGAACUUCUGAAUAAGGUUCAUCAGAAAGUUGGCGAAAAUGUUCCCAUAUUUGGAGAACGAAUUUUAACUUUAGCAACAGAUGCUUUUAGAGGGCAAGAUAUCAAUCAACCAAUUGUUCAACUUCAAUUAGUUAACUUUUUCAUAAACGGGUUGUAUCAAGAUUAUUUGAGAAUGAAAAUAAUGCGUGAAAAUCCACAAACUUUGGCUCAAGCAGUAAACUCAGCAAUGGCUGAAACGCAAUUAAGACGAAAAUUUGACUUGAAAAAAAGUAACGGUAAUGAGCGUAAUAUUACACCAAUGGACGUAUCACAUUACCGAGAAAUAGGUGUAAAAUGUAACUAUUGUAAGCGAUUUGGCCAUAAGGCAAAAUAUUGUACGGAUAAUAAUGCAAAAUUUCAUGUAAACACAGUAAGUUCGCGUGCCGAAUUACAUGUGCCCCGAAGGAAUUUUAAUGACAACACGCUAAGUAAUAAUGUAAAUUCAUAUCCUCCUAGAAGGUUUAAUUCUGU